UCUCAUUUUGCGGUUAUCAAUCUUUGUGAUUUGCUCUUACACCUGUAAACCUUCGGGCUAUGUCGGCUGGUUCCUUGGCAUCCUGCAGGAUUCGUCACCCUAAAAGCAACAAAAGCAACACCCAACAUCUCGGCUGACCCAUUCACCACGGUCAAACCUGUUUCAUUGGCAGCCAUGGGCGGAACUGUUGCGUCGGUCCAUUGCAGCGUCACAGAAGAAGCGGAUGACAAGAAAAGCUGAACUAUUUACCUCAAGCACGGGCCUCAGGAGGCGCUGUAGCAUCCCUCGAGGGACCUGCGGUGAGUUGCCGCCAAUCUAAAUAUCUCCAUCAUCUCGGUCUUCUCGGCCGUCUCUCGGUCGUAACGCGUUGAAACGCCCUCACGAUCACCACUCUCCGCUUCCGAUCCCGGAGCGGUCGGCCUCGAUUCAUCAACAUCAACGCCGCAAGGAACCCAGAAUCGGCAAAAAAUGCCUGGAUUACUCGAUCUUUCCACCGAGACGCUAUGUCUCGUUUUUAGACACCUUUGCCUGCAUUGCCAGGGCGAGUACGCCCUGCCGUACUGCCCAAGCCAUCACCAUUACGACCACCCCCAACAACAACCGAAUGCACCAUCAUGGUACGGCGCCACCCGCCAGGAGCUUUUCUCUUUAUGCCUUGUGUCGAGGAGGAUUCGAGAUAUUGCCCAAGAUAUCCUCUACCAUGAAUUCGUCCUCGACUGGGGUAGCACUUGGCGGGCUAACUAUUCGUGGGAUGGCCGGCUAGCAUCCUUUAUGCGGACUGUAUCCCAGCGACGCGACCUCGCAGACCGCGUCCGAAGUGUCUCGCUCUCGUGGUCCCUUUUGGAUCCCAUCGGCGACGAUGAAGCUCGGGAUACACUAAAAUCAGUAGCAGAAGCACGCGACAUCCAUCUCCGAUGGCUCUGGAAACAGCGAUCACACUCAACAUCCGGCGGCGAGAGGUACAAGCGGUUUCUCUCCUUCUUCCUCGAUAAUCCAAAACACUACGACGACGGCCCUAGGUCAACCUCCGACUGCAACCUCACAAUCUAUGCGCCCCGACGAUCAUGGAUUUCCGUCGAACUCUUCUCCCUCUUGAUGUCGCUGCUCCCGAAUUUAGAACAUCUGCGGCAUGUCGGCCUCGAAAGACGAUGCCUGUGGCCGAUGAUGGGAAUAUCUCCAGCCUCCUUACACGCCCUUGGCGUCGAAUCGAUGCCCCUCAAGUCACUCGAUUUAGACUGCCACGACUUGACGCUUCUCCGUUUGGCUGAGAAUCUGGAGGAGCUUAGUCUACAUACUAGCAUUAUCCACGAUGACGCUCCUUCACUGCCGAGUCUGAAGACACUCCGCGUGACUGACGUCAGACUACGCAAAAACUCACUCGAGCACCUCCUGUCCUGCUGCACCGGGGCACUGGAGACGUUUGUGUACGAGGCUAGAGAGCCCAUUGACUUGGACAUUCAGGACGUCAUUGCCAUGGUGGAGGGGGGUGACUACCCCGGUAGCAACCACUUCCAGCCGUCCGAUGCGGUGGAGUGUCUCCGCAGUCAUCGAAAAUCACUACGGACGCUCCACCUAGAUCUUCGCCGCAGAACGUACGAUGAUGUAGGGACGGAGCCAAUUUGCAGCCUCAGGGAAUUUACUGCACUAGAAAGCUUGUUUUUGUGCUCAAUGGAUAUCUACAACGACAGGUUGGACCCGCGGACCGACAAUUAUGCCCUCGCCGAUCGCCUUCCAAAGUCGCUCGAGGCACUCUACCUCGCAGCACACAGCCAAGGCCACAAAGUCCGCCUGGGAAGGGGGUUGCUUGGCCUCAGCAACAUCCUGGAGUAUCGCCGGGAGCAAUUGCCCAACCUUCGAAGCAUUUGGUGUGACGACAUUGAGCGGUUCGAGGAGGCGUUGAUGCGGUAUAGGAUGUCGACGGCCGGAGUGGAUUUCGGAUACGAGAAGUGGCCGCGGAUGGCCGACGGCCGGUAUCCCAAGUUGUUUUCUCCACCAGGUCCCAUAACGGACGAGGACCUUUAGCGAUGGAUGGAUAUAUGUAUGACAUGGGUAUGGUCUGGUCUGGCUUGGGAGGUUCGUUCGGUUGGCGGCUCCCCCCAGAAUUCGAAACAAGCGCCACUUAUUGUCGUUGAGGAAAAUAACGAACAUAAAUAGCCUCAUCGGGCAUUUGCCUCGUUGUGUGUCAUGCCCGCUGCAUGUCUGCCCUGUCUGCCAUGCCUCCCUCCCAUGGCUGCCAAGCGAGCCUACCAGCCACAGGGAUCGGAUGUGUGCAUUCUUGGCGGCAUCCGACUUCCGUUUUCGUUGUAGCAUUCAGUGUAUGGGUAGUCCAGCAGCAUUAUACGCAUCAUGCAUUGUUUCCAGGAACUCGAUUUUCCUCAGACUGGGCAACACUCACAUAAAGGGGUGUGUCGGUGCUUAUUUGAUCCCGCUGCUAAGAAUUCCAAGUGCUUAAACUCCCUCUGGUAUCACGCUGCUGUCUACCAUCUGCCCUGCCCGCCUGCCCUGCCUCCAAAC